CUGCUCGUGGUUGCUGGCAACGAGUCCACGGGGGGUCAUCUUAACGGGUAUGGACAGUCCUUGGCGAUGGGUAGGAACGCCACUGGACCGGAAGCCAGUGACCAAGGCGUCGGCAGACUUGACGAACUCGGCCUGGCCAGUGGUGGGCCCGAGGCGUGGCUCGAGCCCGAACUUGCCUCGGCUCAAGAUCCGCGUCUGCAUUCUCCGCUUAGCUGGCGUUCUCAGAAGCUGAAUCUGGCCGGUUGUCUGGUGCUCAUCGGCUCCGCCGGCUGCCUCACCAACCUCACUCUGCUUGCGGCCAUUCUCUGCCAUCGUGGUCUACGACGCGCCUCCAGUGCCUUCAUUAUGCACCACUGCCUCUUGGAUCUGCUUAAGGCCGGGCACAGCUUCCUCUUCGCUCUCGGCCUGGCGUCACGUCGGCCUCCGCCGCACUGUAACCUGUUGGCCGGCGGAUUUAUCGUCUGCCUCACGUCCACUGCGUUCAAUCUGCUCGCCAUGGCCAUGCACACGGCGCACCGCUUCGCCGAUCUCGCCGCAAUUCGAGCCGGCCUCGGCGACGAGUCGACCAACUGUUGGUGCGUCGCAUUCAGCAUCGCGGCCGUCUGGUUCGCCAGCAUCGUGCUCAAUUUGGGCGUGGCUUUUCUGCCCGGCACUCCCGCCUUCCAGCAGGACGUCGGCUACUGCACCUUCCGGUACGGCGUGACGCGCAAUUAUGUGCUUCACUUCCUCUUCGUCAGCCUCGUCAGUCUGGCACUCGGGCUGACCUGCGUCUACCUCCGCCUGCUCUACCGCGACCUCCUGCGCUGCGGAGCCUCGCACCUCGGCUCCGCUACCGCCCUGCCUUUGUCACCGGCUGACUCGCCCUCGGACUGCCGCGGAUUGUGCCGGCCUCGAUGGUGGUGGCCUUUAACGACGACCGGCCGAAAGCACCGCUUGUCGAGGCGAACAGUCGGUGUCGCCUGCUCGAUGGAUCCCAGUCUUUGUGGAAUAGACGGAGUUCUUGCUGUGGAAAACGCAAUUCUGGGAAAACUAUAUGCCCUGCUGUUGCUGGUCGCUCUCUUCAUCCUCUUCUGGUAUCCCCUUUUCAUGCUCACCCUAGUCGACCGGCACUUUAAGGCGCCACCGCAGGCCUACACGAUCGCCAAGGUAUUCGCUCUCAGCUGUACCCUAGUCAACCCAUUUAUUCUUUGCCUCAGCCUCUGGAGCCACAAAAACUACGGCUUCCAUCCACUUGUCUUCCUCUGUCAUCGGUUGUCGGGCACACACAGACUCAUCUGCACGAGUCGACUGACGAAGCGGGAAAAUCUCGAUAAUAGGUUGACUCAGUCGGAAAGGGUGAUUGCACAAGAGACGACUGGCACCAGUGCAGAAGCAGAGGCCGUUACGAGGCGUGCCGAAGGGGUUGGAACCAAGCAUAAAGCGAUGACGAAAGGAGGAGAAGGAGACGAUGAAUCGGGUGAGCCAGAAGAAGAAGAAGAAGAAGCGGAAGAGGAAGAAGGAGAAGAAAACGGAGAAGAUGAGUAUUAUGGAGGCACUUCAUCAGUGGAUUACAUUGACAAUAAAAAGAAGACCACCGAUGCAUUGGAGAGAGAAAAUGUGCAUUUUGGGAAGGAAGGGCUGAGUAGUAGUUAUACAAGCAUGUCAAACAUUCACUCAAACGAAGUUGAGGCGAGCUCAAACUCGCAAUUCUCCUCCGGUCUGCCAAAAGGUUUUGCAUCUCGCGCCCAGUAUUGCUCUGUUGCCAUGCUCCAUGGGGCUCAGUUCCCCGACAUCGUCUUGUCACUGAAUCAUAGCCGACAAGGAGACUCUGUACACCCUUGUGGCUCCUCUAGUCAUAGUAUGCCAGGCAGACAUUCACGACAGACUCAACCGUUUUUGUCUUCAAGGACGAGACUGGAAGACGGCCGUGUCGCGAGUAGAAGAGAUUCCGAGUAUGAACGAGAGGAGAGCAACAGCAGUGCUACAACCUUGGAAACCACCGGUAUUCGGGCCUCCUCUCGUGGUCGAGAGGAGGACCGCAUCCAAACUGGCCAUUGGAAGUCACAGAGGUUAAUGUAUCUCAUUUAA